GGGCAGCAGGAAGCCACGGGGCGAUAAGAAGGACGCGGCCACGGCAGCAGCCGUGCUGGCAGCGGCGGCGGCACGGGAGGCAGCGGGGGGUCCCGGGGGAGGCACGCCUCCGCGCAAGCGCUCGUGCAACUGCCGCAACUCGCGCUGCCUCAAGCUGUACUGUGAGUGCUUUGCGGCGGGGCUGUACUGCGAGGGGUGCAACUGCGUCAACUGCUGCAACUCGCCCGCCAACGAGGCGCAGCGCCACGACGCCGUGCUCGCCGUGCUCGACCGCAACCCCAACGCCUUCCGCCCCAAAAUCGCCCCCCACAGCCCCUCCCACGCCCCCGCUUCGGGCGAGGCGGCGCGCGUGCACACGCCGGUGGCGGGGCGGCACCGCGCGGGGUGCCACUGCCGCAAGAGCGGGUGUCUGAAGAAGUACUGCGAGUGCUUCCAGGCCAACGUGCUGUGCGGCGCCAACUGCAAGUGCGCCGACUGCAAGAACUUCGACGGCAGCCUCGACCGCCAGGCCGUUGUUGCCGGCCUCGCUGCUGCCGCUGCUGCCGCUGCCGUCACGCCCAUCAAGUUUGAGAUGUCGGCCUACCAGCGCAUGGUCACCCCCACCAAGGCGUCCGCCUUCACGCCUCCUGCUGCACGCCCUGGCCUGCACUCCCACACAUCCCCGCACGCCCACGCACAUGCUCGCACACCCUCUCACUCGCUCGCUCACUCGCACUCCUACCCUCCCUUUCGCCCCCACCACUCGCCUGUGCCUGCCCAUGCUGCUGCUGCUGCUGCUGCUGCUGGGGGUGCCAUGGGCGGUGGGAUGGGCGGGGCAUGGGAUGGGAGGGGUGGGGGACACGCGGGUGGGCAUGUGGUGGCGGGAGGGAGUCCCGAGGGCAGCACCAUGCGCAUGCACCCUCCUGCCGCCUUGAGGUACGCGCUGGCUGACCUGGGAGGGAGUGAGGUGUGGGCAGCAGAUGGUGUGUUUCCCUUGAUUCCUCGCCCCUUUCAUCUCCUUUCCAUCCCCUCGUCCCUUUGUCCAUGCCACCCCUCACUCACCCCGUCUCCUCUCACUCACCCUGUCUCCUCUCACUCACCCUGUCUCCUCUCACUCACCCUGUCUCCUCUCACUCACCCUGUCUCCUCGCACUCACCCUGUCUCCUCUCACUCACCCUGUCUCCUCUCACUCACCCUGUCUCCUCUCACUCACCUUGUCUCCUCUCACUCACCCUGUCUCCUCUCACUCACCCUGUCUCCUCUCACUCACCCUGUCUCCUCUCACUCACCCUGUCUCCUCUCACUCACCCUGUCUCCUCUCACUCACCCUGUCUCCUCGCACUCACCCUGUCUCCUCUCACUCACCCUGUCUCCUCUCACUCACCCUGUCUCCUCUCACUCACCCUGUCGCCCCCCCCGCACCCCCCCAUGGUGGGCCUCUCCCCCUCGGCGCGCUCGCCCCUCUCCGCGUGGGCGGCGCGGCGAACGUGCAUGCUCAUGGUGGCGCUGGCGUGGGGCGUGCAGCACGAGUACACCGCGAGCAGUGAGUGGCAUGUCACACGUCACUCAUAUGCCUCUCUUGCCACCCAUUCGCACGCUCGUCGCUCGCUUGGAAUGUGA